AUGAUCGCAGCAUCGGAAGAUGCACUCAACAAUGUCAGUUGCCUUCGAAGAAUUUUCUCUGUGAUUGGCCCCUUUCCUAGGGUACUUACUGAGGUGAGUUUGAUCACGAAGUCUCCGUGGGCUUUCGCUGCGGUUCUCGAGAUUUCCAACCCAGUCCGUGGCUUUGGACAGCAGCAACUGUUCUGUUGUACCCUUUCGCGACAAUCGAUUCCGGAGACCUACCGGCGACUUACCUUGGCGGCUUAUACCCAGGAUACUCUCGACUCGGCGUCACCUGCAAGACUUCGAGGCAAAUCCAACACAAAUGUUGCCGCUCAUGUUGGUUCCCGGAAACAAAUUUCAAGCUAUCACCGCACCCCAUCACACACAAGUAUCCGAGUCCAAGGCUGCGAUGAUUUUAUUUUGCCUUUGCUGACUCCCCAUCUCUCACGCUUUGGCGAACCGACCUCGGAUGCCACGGAGACUCAGCAGGCUUCAGCAAUCAGGCCGCAGUCUAUACUGUCACCCAGCAGAUCUCGACCAUUGGCCACGAAGAAAACUGGAUUUGAAAAGGUAUGUGAAACCCCAAUCCGUGCACUUUGGUUGGUCGUGAUAACGGUCUGCGGUCCAGCCCACAUUGACCAGGACCCGAUAACCGAGAUAUAUCAGAUGCUACUUCACCCAUCAGUCGCUUUCCAUGGGUUUGACUACCUGCUUGCUAAUGUCAUUUGUUGGUCUCUGCAACCCGAGCCCCGGAAUACAGAUCUUGCAGGUAUGUACUUUGCCCUUAACCUUGCACUACGCGAUUAUUUCUGUCAACUCUGUAGGCGCGCAUCCUGCCACGCUUCUGGUGACUUCUCUGAUCAGAGAAGGCACCUGAUCUUUACGAUAUGGCGCCUCCGCCACGUGGAACAAAUCCCAGAACAGCACCAAGGGACUGCUCUUUGUGCCCCAGGAACUCACCAUCUGCCGAUGAUAUCGCCAUAUUUCCCAGAAUGGCUUCAGAUUGCUGCGUUCCUCGAGAGAGUGACCGAAUCUCCUCCCGACACUGCUCCCGUAAACGAAGGGUCGAUUAUUCGCCUGGCAAACUUAUCAACUGAUUUGACCUCGGUAUUCACCUUGUCCUCGAUACCAAGUGACACCGAUUCCACCGAGGUGGUGCCCCCUACAUCCCCGACUUCACAACGCCGGCGUAUUGGAGACUUGGAUUAUCAUCAAGAUUUGCACAACAACAUCUGGGGGCAGUUCCAAGAAUGGGGCUUUACUGCAGUAAAUGUACCCGAAAGCCUCUUCCUUGAUCUGGAAGACAUCUCGAGCAAUCUUGACGGGUGGCAGCAGCUGGCAAUGAAGGCUGGCCCCAGGUCCCGUGCCUCGGAGAACGCUCUUGUGGCAGAGCAGAUCCGGCUGCUUCCAGACCCUAUUCGCCGGGCCCUGGUGUCAAAGUUGGGGGAACCAACAUUCAAGGCCUUGGCCGAGGCAAGCAGCAGCAACGCCGACUGUGUGGCGCGCCUUUACCUUGGCCGAAAAGGAUGUGGUUGCCAGACGACAUUGUUUCUUCUGGAGAAGUGUCGGUCCAUGAAUCUCCGCCAGAUGCUCAAGAUCAAUAUGGAUGUCGAGGUCAUGGCCCGAAAGGUGGCCGUUUCUAUGGCUCUCCUGCAUUGGGGUGCCAAGGUGGAUGGUCGCGGCGUCAAGUUCGUCCUGGGCGGCUCUUGUGAGAUGACAAGCCGGGAUGAGAUUCCUGUUUCGUCCAGUCAUAGUACCGGAAGUCCAGGCACAGCAUCUUCGACAAAUGGAGGACGCUCAUGGGCGGCUCGUCAGGAGGCUACUCGGCGCACCACCAAGCUGUGGCUCCUCGACUUCCACCGCGUCCGGCCCAUGACCAUGGAUAAUGAAGGUCUGGCAAACGCCUCUAGGGCAAUCUGGUUCAACGAGCCUUUCUUCCCCAGGCCGUUACAGAGCAUGCAGAUCCAGAAGAAGGCGUGGAACGCAUUUGCUAUGAGCUACAUCGCGGCGUCUGACAUAAUCUUGAGAGAGAACGACGAGAAAGAGUUCCUCGAAUUGCCACGUUUGGUUAUUUGCCGGCUGGUCCACCUCGAGAAGAAACUGGGGCCUUCUAGAGAUGCGGAAUAG